AUGGAUGUGCUGAAAUUACCUGCAACAAAGGAACAACGUGUCAACAACCCCAUUCUCUCCAAGCGAGUGUGCUUCUACAAGAGCGGGGACCCUCAGUUCAACGGCCUGCAGAUGGUCAUCAACAACCGCACGUUUAAGACAUUCGACGCACUCCUGGACAGCUUAUCUAAGAAGGUCCCUCUGCCGUUUGGAGUCCGGAACAUCACCACCCCACGGGGCGUCCACGCUGUCUCCUCGCUGGACGACCUGGAGGAUGGCAAGUCCUACAUUUGUUCAGACCAGCGAAAGGUGAAGCCCAUAAAUCUGUCUUUGGCACGGAAAAAGCCACCUCCCUGGUAUCACGUUCGGCCUGUGAGCUCCCGAAGCCGCACCAUUCAGCAGCCCCGGUUCUACCCCGGCUCCAAACGCCGCAACCUCGAACCUGUGGCGAUGCGGGCCCCGAAACAACUAUUGGUUUUACGCAAUGGAGAUCCAGAACUAAAAUGUUUUGUUCUGCUCCAAAAGAAGACUACACCCACGUUUGAAUCCAUCCUGGAAUAUAUCUCAGAGCUGAUGCAGUUCAAUGUGACAAAACUGCUCACUCCAGAAGGAAGACGUGUUGACGGCCUCCCAGGCUUGAUAAUGUCCUCUGGGAUUGUAGUGGCUGCAGGCAAAGAGAAGUUCAUACCUGCAAACUACAGUUCACAAAAACCUCUCGGACCUACUCGAAUGAGGAUGAAUCGGAGGGGAGUUCGAAGACUAAAGGCUUUAAAUUACAAAAAGAGGUCUUAUGCCAUGAAGCCCCGGAUCCUCUCUCCCUCAUCAGAACGAUACAUUGUGAGGCAGAUCCACAACACUAUGGCAGAGAGCACAUACAGCAUGCCCACAAACUCCAUCGAAAUGGAUUCCAGUCAUGUUCUGGAGUCGGUGGCAGAGUCAGAGGCAGAGAACUUUGCCGGAGUUUGUUGCGUGGAAAGCCAGGACUUUAUGCUACCUGCAGAUGACGACAUUGAAAAGUCCUUCCGAGUGAACCAGGAUGGCAGCAUGACCGUAGAAAUGAAGCUUAGUGAGGACUGUUUCUUGGCUCCUGAACUAGAGCAAGAGAUCAACCAAUCUGAAUCACAGCAAAUGGAUUUACAGCCCCCUGCGACAACCAAGGACAUCCAAGAAGACAUGUGCAUCACGAACCCAACAACAAUCAGCAAUGGAGAAUAUAAUCAGGAGGUCAACAGUGAAGAAGAGAAAAGUUUUGUGUCUCCUUUGAGAACGCCAUCCCCGGGAAAGAAACGACUCCACACAAAACAGGCCUCUGUGGAGAGCAUUACUUCUCUGACUAAAGAAGGCUUUCAGGAGGACAUUGUUGGUUCAUACUACAGGGAACACUUAGAGAAUGGAGAUUUAACUGAGCAGUAUUGCAUGGUCAAACACACCAACUCUCGACCUGUACCUAAACCCAGAAGAGUGGGCUCAGUGGACUCAAAAGAGCAACUUAUACCAACGUACAAAGCAGCUGAAGUGACAGGGAUCUUUCAGAUGGAUUCUAGCGGAGAGGAGGAAGCCACGGCUGAAAACCAGGAGAGCCAAUCAGAAGUGGAAGAUUCAGAUUGUUAUGUAGAACUAAACGUUUGCAAACCCCAAAGUAAAGCAACACUGGAUGAUGAGAGCGAGUCUGGUGCAUCAGAUGCUGAACGAAUGCAGGUGGACUACCUCAGUGGUGUGGAGGUCCACAGAACUGUGGAGGACGUGCCUACAGAUGUAGGUUCUGAGGAAGAGCAGAAAGAAGAACUUAAUGCCAUUGCUGAAGAACCAUUAUCAGAAGAAGGAGAGAUGAGGGCCGCGCUACAAAAACAGCAGUCAGAUAUGGGUGUUGACAGUGGGAACGACCACUGCAGUUUUGAAGACAAUUUCACAAACAAUGACAUCAUCUCAGUGGAUGAAGAAGAAGAGCAAAAGCCAUGCAAAGAAGAGAAAGUUCCAUAUUUGCUCUUCAAGACAGACUCAGAGGAGGAACAAAAGUCUCAGUCGAGGAAAUGCACUUAUUUUUCUCUGCCUCAUUCGAACGACUCCGAUGCAAUCACAGAAGAAUCCGCACACACCAGUGUUAAAGCCGAGGUUUGUAGCGAGUCUAAAGACAAACCAGAGAGCACCAAGAUACACUCUGAGAAAAAUGGGAAACUUUCUGGAGGAGAUUUCCGAAUGAUGGACAACAAGGUUCACCCUCUGGUCAAAGAUUCUCCAGAAGAGGCUGUGGUGGUGCAGCCGCUCAGAGGUCAAGGCGUGAUCAAGUCACCGCAGAUGUCCGGCAACAAGGCCAAUCCCCGCCUCUCUGUUUACACUCAGCUCCUGGUGGCGUGA